AUGGCGAUCGUGUUACAGUUUUGUCACGCUCAGCUUGUUAAAUUUCAUCUACUUUUGCUCGGUAACCAUCAAAGGCUGCUGUUUACGUCACUGAUGGUUGGCUUGAGCACUGCAACCGCGCACUGGCAAUCUAUACGGCAUCCAACGCUGAUGGAUCAUUUGCACGAAAACUUGCGCUCCUUUCCGGUCGAAAUUUCAUUCGGCGCGUUGGCACUCGUCUCCAUCGGGGCACUGCUAUCGUACGGGCUUUACCGGCACCAACUGUGUGGCAGAGACCGCCGUGCAAGAGCUGGGAUUCGGCAACGCUACAUUGACUACAUCGUGCUUUGUCUGAUGGUAGCCGUAUCCAAUGCCGCCCGCCAACAUCUGCACUGCCCGGACAAGGAAGGACUCGGCCUGCCGCAGCUCGAAGGAUACCGGCGUGACAUUGAGGACGCCAUCGCUCGCUUUCGAGCAAGUUCGAGAAAAUUGUUCCAGGAACCGCCACUAACACUUGCCAGCUCGAACGCCUUUCUCGAACGCUAUUUCCGGCUCGAUGAUGAACGGUUCGGAGAGGAAAUUCUAGCACUGAAACGAGACUUCGGAUCGCUCAUGAACGUGCCGGCCAUCAAAGGACUGCUAAACCAAUAA